UUGGCAGCUUGACGUGGAGUUGUGGCUAGACUCUGCCUCCUGGAGACGCCGCCGCUGUGGAUUCACCUUUCCCUCCCACAUCCACUGACAAGUCCGUACCAGAUCCAAGAGGGGGCGCUCGGGAGGGAGGAGCUACGGCGCCAUUUUUAAAAUGUUCCAGGAAUACUCUUCUUGUCUUUCGGCGACCAGCGGGCUCUUCUGUUCUUCCUGUCCGGUACAGCCGCAGCCGGUACAGAUGUAAUUUACUCCUGUGGGAGAUAAUGUCCAGAAGGAAUAAAGAACGAAUCCACUGCUCUCUCCUGUCUGUUCUGUGAUAUUUUUCAUGGUAGCAAGUACUCCUACAGCUGACAAGAUGGAAUCCAUGCCCGUGUUGCCACCCCAGCUGAACGUCAGCCCUAGUGCCCAUAUGUCGGAUACUGAGCUUCAUAAACUCUUAAUCAGUGAAAAGAUGAGAUGUGAAAACCACAGGACCAACUAUGAAACCCUAAAAGCUGAGCAUUCCAGGCUCCAUGCUGACUUCAUGUUGUCUCAGAAUGAAUGUAAACACCUGUCGGCAGAGAAGCAGAACAUACAGGAAAAGUUUCAGCUCCUACUUGCUGAACUACGAGGGGAACUUUUAGAGAAAACAAGAGACAUGGAGGAACUGAAGCUUCAAGUGCUGUCACCUCAAAGACUGGAGCUGCUAAAGGUUGAAAUACAGCAGGAAGUAGAAGCUCCGAUGCGGGAACAUAUUAGAAAACUCAAUGAUGAAGUUGAAAAAUACAGAGCGGAAUAUAACAAACUUCGAUAUGAAAAUGGUAUGCUUAUAUCUCAGUUUGAACACCAAAGAGAAGAACCACAUCGAAUGUUAGAAGAUCAAAGAAUCCAAUAUGAAGCUCAGCUAGCACAGCUUGAAAAAGAUAAAGAAGAUCUUCAUACUCAGAUAAUAAAUAUUGAUUCAUCAAGAGAUAACAAACAUUUAGAGGCUUUGCUUGGAGAAAAAGUCUUAUUGUGCCAAAAGGUAGAGAGUUUGAAGGCUGAGGUUAAAGAGCUGCGAGCAGAGAGAGAGCAUUACGGUGCACAGGCUGAAAAUGUCCAGAGGAUACAAGUGCGACAGAUGGCUGAGACUCAAGCAGCUCUCCGAUCUCUUGAGGCUGAGAAGCAGUCUUUAAAACUGCAGCAUGAACGUUUGGAGAACGAACUUCAGGGAGCUACAGAACAAAAUGACACCCUAAGUAAGAAGCUGCACAAAGCUGAGAGAGAGGUGCAUUCUCUAACUAGCAAAAUUGAUGAGCUCAAACAUUUUCAGAAAAUUGAAAUUGACAAUAUAAAAUUGGAAGCUGCCAGGAUAAAGAAUGAUUCUGAAAAAGACAAAGACAAGCUUCAAAAUCAGCUUGAUGCACUAGAGACUGAAAAUGAAAUCCUUAAAGCAUCAGGGCAACAACAAAAAGAGUUACUUGCUGAAAAGGAAAGGGAAAUUAUCCGAAAAGUGCAGGCAGCUAAAGAAGCAGGAUUUCAACAGAUUGCCACAAUUCAAGAUGAAAGGCUUGAACUGGAAAACAGAAUAGCCGAGCUAGAAAAGUAUAAAGAGGAGCAAGAACAGCGUAAACAUUCUGAAAUCAGUCAGCUGGAAGAAAAACUGCGUAUUGCACAGUUGGCAGAGGAAUCUGCUAGAAGAGAACUUCUCAGCUUAAGGUCAAAACUCCAACAGCAAGUGGCCUAUGCGGAGCAAAUUAAGAAGGAGAAACUUGAAGAAUUAGACUUAAAACGGGAAAUUAGUGAUUUAAAAUCUCAGGUACUGUCAUUGUCGGAGUCAGAAAACAGUUUAUUACAUGCAAAUGAAAAACUUCGGGACAUGGUGCAGCGACUUAAACAAGAAAAUCGUUGUGCUAGAAGUCAGGCAGAAAAAGCCCAACACGACGCAGAGCGAGAAUUAGAAGGCCAUCAAGUAGAAUGGCUACAAGAUAAACACAUACUACAGGAGGAGCUGUCUCAGCUGAAAGAAAAAUAUAAGCAGCUUAAAGAGAAAAUGCAUAGAGCAGCUGAGGCCCAAAAGAAGAGAAAGAAUAUACAUGAAAACAGAUGCAGAAAACUAGAAGAAAAAAUAGAACUCUUGGAGGCAAAGAAAGAGGAGCUUGAGACCGAAAAAUCUAUAUUAAAUAGACAGAACAUUCCCCAAGAAGAAUAUGUACGUCUUCAGAAAAGAAUGAAGGAUCUUCAGCGCAGACAUAAUGAGUUCCGUACUUUAAUACUUGGUCCAAAUAUUGGAGUCUCUGGGUUCUUGAAUCCAGGCAGCUACCUGUCAUCCACAGUUGUUCCAGAGGCCUUUUCUUUUCAGAAUGCUCAGGAAGAACAGCAUCAAAAAGAACUUUCCAUGUUAAGAAAAAGACUUGAGGAACUGGAAACCACUCAGGAAAGACAACUAGAAGAACUUGGUUCUCCUGCCGAGCGUAGCAAGGCUGAAAACUUCAGCUCCCGGUAUCUGCAAGGGAAUGAGGAGGCAGAAGAGACAAGUUGAAACAGCAGAACUUUAUUUUUUUUUUUUUUUUUUUUUUUAGACAUUUGUACAUUGAAUGUAUUUAUUUUUGCUGACACUGGUGUGUAUACCUCAUAAAAUGCUGAACAUUGGGUAACUCAUAUAGAUUGCAUUUCUUAAGAAACUGUGAUAACAUUAAAGAGGCUUUCCACUUUCAUAAAAAGCUGU